AUGACGAGAAAGCUAUCCGCCCAGGAGAAGAAGGAACGCAAACCGGCGUCGCGGGCCUGUGUUUUCUGCCACCGAAAACACCUCCAGUGCUCCAACGAGCGCCCGUGCAAGAACUGUGUCAAACGCAACAUCGGCCACCAAUGCCACGACGUCAUCCGCAAACGGGCCAAAUACCUCCAUACCAACUCGCUGCCGGAACAGCUACGCCUGGGAGGCUCCGACAACGGCGACGCGUCGCCGCAGGCACCGUUUUUCGCCGGGCUGGUCGUGGUGACACCCACCCCUCCCGUCCCCGUCCCCGACGCCCUCGUCGCCGAAUUGCCGAUAAACCCGGUGACGGCGCCUCCUAACAGCAUGUUGGACACCACUAAGGACGUGAUGCUGCGGCUACUAUCGGGGGAACCGCCGCUCGAAGUCGAUGGCGACCCCAUGGACGUCCCCAGCCGUAGGAGUACGCCUCUGCGACCGUUUCUGCUGAAUUAUUUGAACCAGGAGUAUCUCAUGCUUGGUGACAUAUUGCUCCAGCUGAAACCGACUCUGCCGCUGGAGUACCCUCAGGAUAUGCCCCUUGAGUUUGCUUCAGGUAUAAAAGAACUGAGGCCGUUCAUCUCGUUAGGGUUCUCAUCGCAGCCUGAUCGACUGGCCGUCCACUCGUUGGAAUCGCUGCUGACUAAUUUAAACCACAACUUGGGCCAGGUGCCGGAACUGCUCCCGCCAGUGCCCUAUACGCUGCCGUUAGCCACUCACCAAUUGUACCAGACGGUCAACGACAUCUAUGCCCACAACACGAUGAACUACGACUACCCGCAACUGUACCAUGCCCUCACUUAUUUCCUUAAAAAGCGGUUUCUGGGCCCUCACCUUCUGCCGGAACAGCGCCACCAAAAACGCCACAAUUUGCUUGUUAUCCUCAAGCUCAUCGCCCUGUACCGGCCUACAUUCAUCAGUGCUCAUAAAAACUUAUUGAAACCCUAUGAUCUCCAGUUCUUAGAGAUGACGUUCCAGAGAUCGCUCAUAGACUACGAAAAGCUUGGCCAGCUCAACCUGUCUCCCACCGUGAUGUGGCGACGCACGGGUGAGAUUGUUAGCAUCACCGACGACCUCCUCUCGCUUCUCGGGUUUGACAUUGCCGAGAUCUUGGGCAAACGCACAUUCAUUAUGGAGCUCAUGUACGACGAUGAGCUGAUCAUCAACUACUUCAAGUUGUUUAAGCUGAUUGCCGUCGGCAAUUUACACUCGAGUAUUAUGACUAAGCUUAAACUCAUCAAAAACACUGCUGGCGACGACGAAGUGCCGUCAAACUUAACUGGCGAUGCCAUGAAGGGGCUUGAACAGAACGACUACAUCGAGUUCUGUCUGGUGUGGACGGUGAAACGUGAUAUAUUCGACAUCCCCAUGUUGAUCAUCGGCCAGUUCCUCCCCGUGCUCGCCACCUCUACUCACCAGCGUCGCUACUGA